UUAUCCUUAUUUUUCUAUUAUAAUAUAUACAAUAAAUAAAUGUAUGGUUACUUUUAUUAUAAUACUUUUAAAGACAAAUGUUUAUAUAUUGUUAUAGUUCGUUUAAACUAAAUUUUUUUGAAGUUAUUGGUGGUUAAAGUUAUGACCGUUUGAUCUCAACCUUGUUUAAAAAAUCAAUUAUUAUAAAUUUGGAGGGAGUAUGUGCGGAUCGGUGAAAAAUGAAUUUAUUUUGAAACGAACGGUGUGUUACCAUGCAAUAAUUCUCUCCUUCGCUUCCCGCCAACGCAAAACCCCUACUGCCGCCGCCGCCGCGCCGUGUCCGUCGUCUCCUUCUUCUUCUUCUCCAUGGACGAGACACGAGUUGACCUUCGCUUUCCUUCCAUCUGGAGUGAUCGAUCGAUCUCAUCCCCGCACGCGCUCCCUUCACCCACCUCGAUCGAGCUCCAUGUAUUUAUAGACGAGACAUGGUUGCUUCCAACCAAGCACAUCCACGACAGUGGCAUGCAUCUUCUUGACCUGAUGACCAUGGCGAGCGUUUGUUCCGCGGCGGCGGUGUCGCUCGACGGCGCCGUGGCGGGCGCGACGACGACGACGGCCAUCGAGGACAUUCCGGGCGACGUGCUCUCCCUCGUGCUACGCCGGCUCGACGACGGCGCCUCCCUGGCCGCGCUCGGCUGCGCGUGCUCCGCCUUCCGCGAGCUCGCCGCCGACGCGGAGACGUGGCGCGGCCUCUGCCUCGCGACGUGGCCGUCGCUGCGUGACGUCGACGGCCUAGACGAAUGCGGCGGCGUCACCGGCGGAGGAGGGUACCGGGCGCUCUUCGCCGACGCGUUCCCGCUCCCGGCGGAGGCCCGCGGCUUGGUGCCGUCGUCGGCCUCCCUCCUCCCGGCCCGGCUCGUCUCCGCCGUCGACCUGCACCACGGCGAAGUCUGCCUCAUGUCGCGCGUCGUGGAGACGGACGCCUCGUCGGAGUGGUUCUUGGGCUCGCCGUUCCGCGUCGACGCGCUCGUCCAGGAGGGCUUCUCGGCGCCGGCGCCGAUCACGCCGGCCGAGCUGACGCUAAGCUGGAUACUCAUCGACCCCGCCACCGGCCGCGCCGUCAACGCCUCGAGCCGGCGUCCGGUGUCCGUGGACCGGGAGUGGCUCGCCGGGGAGACCGUGGCGCGGUUCACCGUGGUGCUCGGCGGCGGCGUCGUCGCGCUCGACGCGGCGGUGACAUGCGACGACCGGCACGGCCACGUCCGGGAGGUGAGCCUGCGCGCGGAGGACGGCGAUGGCGGCGGCGUCAGCGGGCGGGGCGUGCUGGCCGCGGUGGCGGCGGCCAUGGAGGGCGCGAGGCACGGCCGCGGUGCGGAGGCGGCGGCGUGGCGGCGGUACGAGGCGUUCGCGAGGGGGAGGGCGGCGAGGAAGGUGAAGAAGGCGAGGCGAGACGGCGCCGUCGACUUCUUCUGCUCCGGCGUCGCCGCGGCGGCGUUCGUCGGGGUCCUCUCGACGCUGACGCUCCGGUGACCGUGCCGUGCGCUGCGGCCGGCCGGCGUCCCCUCCGGCGCGCGGCGCACUCUGACGUGGCGUAGGUUUCGGUGACAACGUAGUGUGUACAUAUUGGAAUUCAAAUUGUUUUGAGUUGCAAAACAAAAUCAAGAACAUAAAUGUUUAAAUAUGUACCACCUCCGUUUCAAGUUAUAAAACUUCCUAACAUUGUUCACAUUCAUCUAGACAUACAUAUAUGUCUAGAUUUAUUAACAUAUAUAUAAAUAUGAGCCAUGCUAAAAAGUCUUAUAAUAUAAAACGAAUGAAGCAAUUAAAUUUUACUACGAGCGGGUGUGACCUGCCUCGCAGCCAACAGGAUGGGGGAUAACAAACGAGCAUGUGCAUACUACUACGUUCUUGUAGCUACUCCCUCCGUUUAACAAUGUAAGUCAUUCUAGCAUUUUUUAUGUUUAUAUUGAUGUUAAUAAAUCUAGACAUAUAUAUCUAUUUUGAUUUAUUAACAUCAAUAUAAAUAUGAAAAAUAUUAAAAUGACUUAAAUUGUGAAACAGAAGAAAUAGCUUUCUGAUGAAACAAGCUUGUGCAGAAUAGAAGUAGAGCAAUGGCAUAAGAGUAACAGCUGGAACAAUCGAUGGAUGACGAUGAUUCGACGAGGGAGCAAAGUGCCACGGGUUUGCCACGGUACGUAUAUCCACCAAUAGGCAAUAGCUACUCAUACUCGCUCUGGCCACAUAUAUUUGAUCUUUAGAACUGAUCAAUGUGUAAAAAUAAGUUUGAUCUAAAAAAAUGUGUGAUAUCAAAUAUCUAAAUGGCAA